AUGAUCGAGACGCCUUCAAUAUUCAGAUUGCAGGCACUCUUCUUGAUUAUCCAGUAUCAUGCCGAAGUUGGCCGGUUCGAAAGGGCCUUCAUGAUGGCUUCCAUUGCGAGCCGCCAUGUGACUGCUCUCCAGCUGAAGCAUGAAAGCCCACACCUCAGCUUUGUCACUCAGGAGAUUCGGCGGAGAGCUGCUUGGACGAUGGCACUACUAGAUGGUUACUUUUCUGUAGGGCUUCCCGGCUACAGCACGAUAAAUUAUGAAGAGAUAUACCAGCAAUAUCCGUGUCGUGAAGAGGAAUUUGGCUCAACGGAUCCCGACACAAUACGGGGCCCUUCCACCGCUCGGGUUGAAGACAAAGCUCACUACAGCAUGCUGGAGCUGAUACUGCGUAUUUCCAGGGUGCGCAGAGACAUCAUGCGCUUCACCAGGCAGUUGGCCCUGCUGGAACAGCCUCUCAAAGAGUUUCAGGGUAUUGUGCAAGGAUUCCAAAUGAACCUCACUCAGCUUCAGGAGAAAAUAGCGUCCGUUGUGGGUUCUUCGGCCACUGGAACCAUAAUUCAGCCAAACUUCCGGUGGGUUGUGAGAUCUUUAGAGAUCCAACUCGCUUGGCGUCAGGCACACUGUGACCUGUUUCGUCUCUUCCUUCUCGGACAUCCCAAUGCGGCCCCUGAUGUGGUAUUACGUCCCUUGGGAUCAAGCACCUAUGCUAGCCAAGCCCAGGAAAUAUGUCAGGAACACAGUGACUGGAUAGUAGAAUCCAUUAAGAUAGUUCGAAAGAUGAAUCUCCAAGUCCUCUUCUCUUUCGAUAUUGCGAGGUGCGCUUAUCAAGCUGCACGCCUCAAUCUCUUUCUCGCUCAUAUGCCGAACGUGCGGCCGCAGCUAACAUCAGAAUCCGCCGUUUCUAAUGCUGCAGAAUGCCUAGCUUUUAUCAAGGAAAGAUUUGUGUCGUCUGCUCAUGCUCAGCGGAUGAUCUCAGACCUCAGUCUAUUGAUUGGAGCCUACGAGACGCGUGAUGGGCAUUUUGGAGCAGCGAUGGCGCUUGAUUCGUUACGGUUUUCCGGGGAUGCCCUUGAGAAGCACAAACAAUUAUCGGCACACAGUCUUAUCCAUCAGGCUAAUUUCGUGGAUGAUAGCUAUCUCUAUGAACUGUGA